AAAACACGGAUGUGCUCUGACGUCAUACCGGAAGUUUUCCCAGUAAACCCUCAGCAUCGUCUUCAUCCGCCGAGCCAAAGCUUUUCAUGCUAACUAUGACUUGAGCUGAAACAGAGGAGUUUCUCACGAAGCUUACGCAGGGCUGGGCCAUGUGGUGAUGCCAUGCAGAGGAGACACAGCAGCAACACGGAUGGCAUGCCCUCUGAAAGAACUCGAAGCCAAACUCUGGGGUCAGAGAGCAGCCUGGAUGAGGGUGGCGUGUUUGACUGCCUGAAGCCCGACUCGUCCACUUCACCCCAGCAGAUGUUCUCAGGCCUGGUGGGCGUCCCCUCCAGCUCUGUCUCAUCUGCUCAGUUGCAAGCAGCUGGUUUAGUUCUAGGCUCUCCCCCCGAAGUUUUUAUCCAGAUGACUGCAUCUUCCAGGGAAGAAGCAGGCAGCCAUCGAACAGAGGGUGGACCGUUCCUCUCCCGGCCGCCCCAUCAUCACCACCACCACCACUUCCACCACCAGCCCCUGCAGCAUAGGACAUCAUCACUGCUCCAGCAGGCCACCACAGCAGCCAGCUCUGAGAGGCACAGCUCCAGGGAGGAGGCCCAGGAUGACCAGACCACCCCAGCUCCGGCUUUGUCCGAGCUGAAGGCUGUGGUUUCGUGGCUGCAGAGGGGCUUUCCGUUUAUACUCAUACUGCUGGCUAAAGUCUGCUUUCAACACAAACUAGGUAUUGCUGUGGGUGUGGGAGUGAUCGGCACGUUUGCUUAUGCCAAUUCUACAUUCAAGCAUCAAGUUUCAUUGAGGGAGGAGCGCUCCGUAUUUGUUGCUCUAUGGAUCAUCUUGUUUCUCGGGGGGAACAUCGUAUAUAUCUAUUACGCUUUCAGCCAUGAGGAGCUGCACCACAGCCUCAUAUUUGCAAAACCCAACCUUAACAGCUUCAACUUCUUUGAUCUGAUCUGGGUGGUUGGAAUUACCGACUUUGUACUUAAAUAUGUCACCAUCGGCCUGAAGUGCUUUGUCCUCUUUCUGCCCAAGAUUAUCAUGGCCUUCAAGUCAAGGGGUAAGUUCUACCUUCUGAUCGAGGAGUUGAGCCAGCUGUUCCGGGCUCUCGUGCCUGUGCAGUUGUGGUAUAAGUACAUCAUGGGCGAAGACCCGUCAAACAGUUACUUCCUGGGAGCGACACUCAUCAUCAUUUACAGCCUCUGCAAGUCCUUUGAUGUUUGUGGACGAAUAUCUGCAAUACGCAAGGCGUUGGUAAUGCUCUGCAGCUCCCAGAGUUACGGAGUCAGGGCCAGCAGUCAGCUGUGCAGCGAGGCUGGUGAUGUCUGUGCUAUCUGUCAGGGGGACUUCAAAGAUCCCGUUGCUCUCAUCUGUCAGCAUGUGUUCUGCGAGGAGUGCCUGUGUGUGUGGUUUGACCGCGAGAGAACGUGUCCGCUGUGUCGGUCCACUGUCAUCGAGGCCCUGCGGUGCUGGAAGGACGGCACCACGUCCGCUCACUUCCAGAUAUACUGAGCUCUGACCAGAUUCACAGAAUCAAAGGGAUCGAAGUGCGCUUUGAAGCAAGUUAGACAUGCAGUGGUAAAAAUGUCAGAAUAAGCUUAAUUGUGGUAAUUGGAAUUUUUAAAACUAAAUGAUUGUAAACAUGCAUAAACCAAAUUAUCCACACUGAAUCACAGCAUCAAGGUUAGUUAUUAUACGGUUCUAUAACAUAUUCUCUCUGAUCAUAUUAUAAAAUAUUGAUUUAUUGUGAUGAUGAUGAUGAGGUACAGAAUUGACACUGCUAUAAAAUCGGUAUUUAUAUAUUGUCAUGGAUAUUAUUUUUAUUUAAAGUUACUGUUGACUUUUAAAAUGAGAUUUUCAUUAUUUAAAUAAAACAUUUCAGCAUGAUUGGCAGUGGAGAGCUAUAACAUAUGUAAGGUUUCUGGUCAAUUUUAUCUCCCUAAAUAAAAACAUAACAUUU